GUCCAGUGGAGGGAGAGCUGCAGCUUUUCACUGUUUAAAUGUUCUUCAUCCAACAGAGACAAACUGCUGGAGGAAAAUAAUUCAUCUGACAGCAAAGAUGCAGUGGAGUCUGAUUCUGCUCUUCCUGAUGGCUCAGUGUUGCUUCAUUGACUGUCAGCUCUAUCAGUUUCACUACAUUAAUGAGAAUAAAACCUGGACUGAAGCUCAGCAGUACUGCAGAGAGAAACACACUGACCUGGCCACAGUGACUAACAUGAAGGACAUGAAGAGACUCAUCAACAUCUCAGCUGGAGAUCAGAGGGAAGCUUGGAUUGGUCUGAUCAGUAAACCAGAAUUUACCAGAACAUGGUUCUGGUCUCUGUCUGGAGAGAAGUUUGAUGAAAGUGAGAAAAACUGGAACAAUAAUGAACCAUCUGAUAGAGGAAUUCAAGGUUCUGAGAACUGUGGGAUUGUGUAUCAAAAUCUCACAUGGCUAGAUCAGGGUUGCAAGUGGCCUGAAUAUUUCCUCUGCUAUGAUGAAACUAAUAAUUCACAUAAAUAUCACCUGAUUAAAGACAUGAAGACCUGGCAGAAAGCUCAGAGUUACUGCAGAGAGAAUCACACAGACCUGAUCAGUGGAACGAAGCAACGACAGGAUGAAGAAGUGAAGAAAUUGAUGAACUCUUCAGAUCGUUCAGCAUAUUUUGGUUUAUUCAGAGACAACUGGAGGUGGUCAGAUGGAAGCAGUUUCUCUUUCAGACACUGGAAUAAUGACUUUAACAUUUCAGAAUCUGUCAGCAUUCUAUGUGGAUUGACUGUGUUUAAUGAUGGAGGCAGAUGGAAGAAUGACACCUGUGACAAGAAAAAACCCUGCAUCUGUUAUGAUGAUAAAAUGAUCCUGAUCAAAGAAAAUAAAACCUGGGAGGACGCCUUGACCUACUGCAGAGAGAACCACCAUGACCUGGUCACCAUCACCAACAUGGAUGAUCAAAUAUGGAUCCAGGAGAAAGUCAAGAACGCAUCGACUGAUUAUGUCUGGAUGGGUCUGCGCUACACCUGCACUCUGGAUUUCUGGUUCUGGGUCAGUGAUGAGGUGGUCAUCUAUAAGAACUGGGCCGAAGGUGAACCGACGGACGACUGUGACAUGUCUGGAGCCAUGGAGACGGGAGGAAAACAUAAGUGGAGGAAGAAAAUUUAUCUUGACAAAUAUAACUUGAUCUGUUCUAAAAAGUAAAGUCCAUUCUGUUUC